AUGGAUGGCGAGACGCUGGGCCCCAUCUCUUUCCAGGGCUCAGACUUUGUGUACUCAGUGGCGCAGCAGUUGAAGCUUCACUGUGCCAAGGAGGAUGUGGCAGCUCGACUGACUUUUCAGGGGCGCAUAAUGGCGCCAGGUGCUAGGCUGUCGGAGAUCCUGACACAGGAGGAGUCAACUCUGGAGCUGCUUUGGCUACCAUGGCUGGGAGAUAUGCAGGGCAAAGGCAAACGAGGAGAGGCCUUCGAUCGACGCAAGGUGAGCCUUGAGGAAAUGCAAGAAGGCGCCAGCCGGGGAUCGUUGCAAGCUGUGGGUCACUUCAUGGCGCAAGCUGAACUCCAGCUCUGGGCGCGAAGCCUCGUGCCCGUGCUGGCGAGCCUGCGGGUCCUCGACCUGCGCCAGUGUGGGCUCUGGCCCGUGAGCCUGCGGCCCAUUUGCGAAAGCCUCCCAGAGGGCUUGGAAAAGUUGCUGAUUGGCAGGAACUUUAUCAACAAGACGGUGCUGGAAGUCCUUGCCACCAAGAGUUUGAAGUUGCGAGCGCUGGACAUUGGACACAGCGAAUGUGGCGACUUGACAUUGCUGCCGGCGAUUGUGACAUCUGAUCUUCAGGAGCUAGGAGUAGCUGACCUUGACGGCAAUGGAAACAAUCUGGCCAAUGCGCUGCGGAACUGCCCGAACCUGAUCGCUGUGGACAUCAGCUGGAGCCACUUCAAUCAGGCCACAGACGAGGUUUGGGCGGCUUUGGCGUGCUGCCACCAACUGCAAGAGCUUUAUGCUUGGCAGGUGGAUGUGACCAGCAGCCAGCUGGAUCCCGUGUUGGCCGCCUGCCCGAGCCUCACGCGGCUCAGCCUCUACGGUGUCUCUGAGCUGAGUUCCGCCCAGGCCUUGGCGCGACUUCAGGACCUGAAAGUCCUCCAAGUCGCUGUGGGGAAGAGCUGUGAAGAGAUGCUGCCAGCGGUUUGCAGCUUGAAGGUGCAAACUUUGAUACUACACUCAUUUAGCCUUGACGACGACCACGAAGAUGCGGUCGUCACUGACUGGCGCGAGAAUCCGACGCCAAUUGUGAAGGCACUGAGGGAGUCGUGCGCCAGCUGCAUCGGGCUCCGAGUGCCGGAACUGGAUCCGGACAUUCUAGAUGCCGUCGGCUGCCGGCUGCAAGAGUUCGGACCCGGCACCGACCAAUGCACGACCCAGUCGAGCAUCAGCGUAUUGGCCUCAGCACCGAUUUGCGGCAGCAAUCUGCUUGAGCUGAACAUCAACUAUUUCGAGCAGAUUGAUGCUGACCAGCUGGCCGCAGUAGCAGCAGCAUGCCCCAUGCUGGAGAUCGUCUACUUGAAUGCCGACGAGCACGGCUUCCAGACGACACCCAUUGACAAGGGCGUCUUGGCAUUGGGCCAGCACUGCCAUAGGCUCCAGCACUUGGAUCUGUACGACCGCUUGAUGGCGGAGCCCAUCCAGACCAUAGCGACAGCUGUUGAGGGCUGGCCGCUUUUGAGAUACUUGUGCUUCGCUAACACCACGCCCUCGGACUCGGAAGAGAGUUGGUUCGACCUGGAGGGCUUUAGAGAAUUGCCGGCGCGGAUCGCGUCGCUCUGCCCGAACAUACAUCAGCUGGUCUUCUAUGGUGAAACCGAAGAAGAAGACUUUGUUCGCGCGGAGAUGGAGCGCGUUUGCCCACUGUACGGGAAGCCGGUGAUGGAUGCUGACGAGGCUCUGGGCUGCGCAUUAUUUGGCAGCGUUAUGAAAAGGUUGCCAGUGCGCUUCUGCAGCAUGCUGCCAGCAUUUCACCGCUGGAUCCAAGAGCACCUGCCAGAGGAGACCCACAAGGCGCAGCCGAAGAAAGUAUCGCAGGUGCUGUGGGAAUCCUUGGCCUUGAAGGUGGCCGACCAGCAAGAUGCUUGCAGGUUCUUGACAAGACGAGGCCGAGACAUUUGGCUUCUCACGGUCUUCGCGUCAAGGAAGCUAAUGCUGAUGGUGGCACUGAUGUUGACCUCAAGUGUCUUUGCUGCAGACAACGUCAGCUACAUGAGCCUCUCGCCUGGUGGGUUCUGCGGCGUUUACCGCUCUCCGGCUUUUGGCCUCAUGGUCAGAGCCAGCGAUGAUCUUCGUCUCGUACUUCCUUCUGCUGUCUACGGAUCUUCUGACAAGGCUACAGCUGGCUGCGCUAACGGCGCUCCUCGCAAGCUGCCGGGGCUGGAGUUAUGCAGGUACUUGCUCCGCUUUGAGUUCAUCGGUGUCUUGGUGUCCAACAAGGACACUGCAGCCUGGCUGGGGCUCUUGUGGAAGAAGAGCCUCAUUGGCAGCGAGGUCUCCCUUGCGGCUCUGGGCAUUGCCCAACAUGCCAUCCACCGUGUCGCCGCUCACGUACCGGAGACCACGCGGAAGAGUCAACAGGAACUGGUGGCUCACAGUGCGAUGUUGGGCGCCACGUUGCUGCUGUGCACCAUGAUCUUCAGCGCGGAUGCCUGGUCCAUCGUCUCCGUGUCCAUGGUGGCAGCCUUUCUGGCCUCGGGGGAUGCAGGGCAGAUGCUGACAGCGCAGCGGGCCAACGGCUGGCUACGGACGAGUACUCGUACUUUCUUUGAGCAUCAGCUGGGCACUUCAAACCUGGCUGCCGCCCGGCUAUCCGGCUCCGCCUCUCCCAGAGGACGUUGCCAAAUGGCCCCUUUGCGCGCUUUUUGA